AUGAUUUAUAAAUUUGUAACGAGAUGUUUGGGAGACGUGAAAACGAUGUCGAAACUCGCGAAAAAUAUAAAAAAAAUGGCGUACAACGUAAAAAAUGAAAGGUAUUUCUCGGUGGAAUCAAAAGAAAGAUCCGUGAAGCUGUUGGUCAUUGGUGGUGGUACCGGAGGCUGCAGCAUUUCAGCAAAAUUAACUUCGAAAUUGGGUAAAAAUAAUGUGGUCAUCGUCGAACCCUCGGACGUACAUUAUUAUCAGCCGAUGUUUACUUUGAUCGGUGGAGGAAUAAAAAAAUUAGAAGAUUCUAGAAAAUCGAUGGGAAGCGUUUUACCCAAAAAUGCCGAAUGGAUAAAAGAUUCGGUGCAAAGAAUCGAACCGCAGGGAAAUUUUGUAACAACUCAAAAUGGCAUGAAAAUAAAUUAUGAAUUCCUUGUCGUUGCUGCCGGUUUGAAAACGGAUUACACAAAAAUACCCCGGUUUAUACGAUGCAUUAAACACGCCCGGAAGUGGAGUUUGUUCGAAUUAUUCGCCGGAUUACGUUGGGAAAACAAUGGUAAACGUGGUAAAGCUCGUCUCAUGUAUCAUACGUCUCUUAGUAAACUUUUCGGUGUUGAAAAAUAUUCUGACUCACUGUGGAAAAUUUGUAAAACUCGCGGUAUCGAAGUUACGUUAAAUUCAAAUCUUAUCGGUAUCGAACCCGACAGGAAAAUUGCGUAUUUUGAAAAUUUGGAUAGUUCAACGUAUACCGAAACGCCUGUACCGUAUUCGGUUUUACACGUGACUCCGCCGAUGGGACCCCCGCAAUUUUUACGUUGCAGUCCCAUGAUAUGCGACACUGCCGGAUUUUUAGACGUGGAUUCAAAUACGUUACGUCAUAAAUUUUUCCGUAAUAUUUUUGGAAUCGGUGAUUGUGCCAAUUUGCCAACGUCUAAAACUGCUGCCGCCAUCGCGAGUCAAUGUGGAGUUUUAUACGAUAAUUUAUUAUUGGCCAUGUCCGAUCCCGAUCAAGCUCCGACAUCUUUUUAUAACGGUUACACGUCUUGUCCUCUCAUAACCGGAUAUAACAAAUGCAUUUUGGCGGAAUUCGAUUAUAGUAUGCAACCGUUGGAAACGUUUCCGAUCGAUCAAUCGAAAGAAAGUUUUUUAAUGUUUUUCCUUAAGAAAAAUAUCAUGCCUUUACUAUAUUGGCAUCUCAUGCUGCGGGGUUAUUGGAACGGACCGGAAACAAUGAGACGAGUUUUUCACAUGGAUUUUAAAGAAAAAAAGUCCGUAAACGCUCAGGUGUCCAGUUAA